AUUGGAAGUCUGGGUCCUGCCGGUCGGGAAUGCCUUCAGUUUCUCAAUUCUCGCCCCUAGGAUAUUCCACACUCAGGCUCAGACUCAGUGCGACGCCUACCCGAAAUCACACGGACAAAAUGAGCAAACCCAAGAGGUCCUUCUCAGACUUCAAGGCUGAGUCCUCUGAGGACGGUCAGCUUGGGUCGCAAGAAAAGGCAUUCCGCGAACACACAACCAAGCGACAGAAGAAUAAGCAGGGCAGCAAGGCUGCACCACCUCCAAAGAAUCUCAACGAAACAAAGAAGCGUGCGAGGAAUAUUGAGCGCCGUCUACGCAUUGCCGAAAACUUGCCAGCAGACAUUCGUGUUAACCUUGAGCGAGAGCUAGUCCAUCUGAAGCUGAAGAUUGACGAUGGACAGGAGGAAAAGAAGACCAAGAAGAUGAUCUCGAAAUACCACAUGAUUCGAUUUUAUGAAAAACAAAAAGCCGACCGACUAGCCAAGCAAAUUGAGAAACAGAUCCAGAGCACGGAAGAUCCAGAGGAGAUCAAGCAGCUGAAGCAAGAUCUCCACACUGCACAGAUCGACAGUCUGUACGCCAAGUUCUUCCCGCUGCGGGAAAAGUACAUCAGCCUCUACUCAGCAGCCGUGAGCAACCCAGAUGCGAAAGAAGACGAGGAAACAGCAUCGGGCAAUGCAGCUGCAAAGUCGCUGAAGGCUGAAAAGCCCAAACUUUGGGGCGUCAUAGAAAAGGCGGCAAAGAAGGGUGUGCCAGCAUUAAACGAGCUCAGAAACCGCAAACUAUCCAACGAUUCCAGAAGCAAGGCACCCAAGGAGCGUCCUUCAAAGCAUUCUUUUGCGGCAAAAGCACAAGUCAUGGCAGCCAAGAACCCACUUGUCAAAGGUCCCAGAACCACGAAAGCUGGUGAUGGGAGAAUGGAACUCAAGAACCCUGGACAAAAGCCGAAGCGCAAGGUUGAGGAUUCGAGCGAUGAUGGCGAUGAUAGUGAUGGCGGUUUCUUUGAGGCAGCAUAAAGAGUGGACAUGGACACGGCGUUUUGGUAGCAUUGUUUGAUACCCAAAGACGAGAUAGAUCGAUGCCGAUCGGAGUACAUAGAUCAAUGAUCCUAAGCACAUCUCAAGUCAAUCCGAAUUAGAGGUUGCCUAAUCACAAGUGCAGCAAUAAUGAUCUGUUCAAAUGGGAGCUUUGGUGUUUUUGUUUGGUGGCCUACGAGUGCUGACAUUUAUACCUGCUUUCUU